AUGGUAAUCAGCAAAUCAGAACAAGAAUCGAUCCUUAAUAGAUGCAGCAACAACAUCAAGCAUCAACUGAAGCUAAUGAAGUCCCACCUUGAUGAAUAUAAACUACUUCCAGCAUUGAAGAAUUGCUCAAAUUUCUUGAAUGAGUUACGUGUAAGUCAAUUGACUCCGAAACAGUAUUAUGAGAUAUACAUGAUGGUAUUUGACUCCUUGGAAGUGCUUAGUGGAUACUUGGUUAGUAAUAAUAAACCACAAGGUAAGAAGAAAAAGAGUGAGGACGGCAACACCCAAAACGUCGACAAUGAGGUGAAUAACGAUGAGGUUACCGAUGAUACGGUGUCUUCAUCUAAAACGAAUGCUUUCCUUGCUGAUUUAUAUGAGAUUGUUCAGUAUGCGGGCAACAUUGUACCACGAUUGUACAUGAUGAUAGUUGUCGGUACAACCUAUAUGACAUUGCCAGGAGCGCCAACCAAGGAUUUGAUGAAGGAUAUGAUUGAAAUGUGUCAUGGAGUUCAACAUCCAAUCCGAGGAUUAUUCUUGCGUUAUUACUUAUCUCAACGUACGAAGAAUUCACUACCUUUUAAUACAAGGACUGAUUUCAAAGAAACGGUUGAUUUCUUGAUCACCAAUUUUAUUGAAAUGAAUAAAUUAUGGGUACGAUUACAACAUCAAGGUCAUUCAUCAGAGAGGGAAAUCCGAUACAAUGAACGUAAAGAAUUGAAAAUUCUUGUAGGGUCGAAUUUGGUCCGAUUAAGUCAAAUAAUUGAUGAUUAUGAUUCUCAAGCUGCUGGAGAUGACGACUAUUCAGCCAUUCAGUUUUAUCAAGAUACAGUUUUUCCUACAAUCACUGAACAAAUUAUUCAGUGUCGUGAUCAUUUGGCACAAACUUAUCUUGUUGAUGUAUUGAUUCAAAUUUUUCCUGAUGAAUUUCAUUUCGCAACAUUGGAGAAAUUGUUGAAUCAAGUGUUUGUUAAUUUGCAUCCAUUAUUGAACAAGAGUGAGUUGGUGAAUACAUUGAUUGAGAAAUUCAUCACAUAUAAUAAGUUUGCCAAUGACUCAACAACCGAUGUGGUUAGAGGUGAGGGUCCUAGAGCGGAAGCAGACGGUGGUGGCGGUGCUGUAGUGGGUGACCUGACAGUUGAUGUGAAUUCGUUGUUUAACACGUUUUGGCAAUUUUACCUCAAUUUGAAUGAAUCGGAAUCUGAUUUAUCUUUACAAGAACAUGCCAAAUUACUUGAAUCGUUUAUCAAAUUAUCAUUGACUUUUGAUCCAUCAAGUUUUGAGAAUCUUGACGUCAUUUAUAAAUAUGCGGCUCAGAACUUAAUUGAUGAUGGAAAUGAACAACAACAACAGUUGUUGGUGCAACUACUUGGCGAAUCAAUCAAUCACUUCACUUCCAUUAAGACAUUGUUGACAUUGAGUAAUUAUUUUGCGUUUUUCAGCAAAUUGAAUGCAAAUUUACAAAAACAAAUUGCCAUAAUCAUUAUUGACCAAAUCUUGUCAAUACUGGAGCAACAACAACAACAACAACAGCAGCAGCAUGACGGAGAAGCAACCGGGGAACAGAGAUACUACACCAAUAUUGAUGAAAUUGAUGGUAUUUUCAAGUAUAUGUUAGUUUUGAUCAAACUAACACCGACUAAUCUCGAUACUGCUCAAGAUUUGGGAAUCACCAAGACUGUUAAAAUCAACAGUGGUGAGAAGCUAGUGACGUUGGAGUUUCUUGAAAUACAAGAGAAAUUGAAUAAAUUGUUACUGUUGAUUGAGAACCCUAAUGAUCCUAAACUGGUUAUUGCCAAUUUGUUCUAUUUGCGAAAGAAAUACUUGAAUAAGAAUUUUCAAAGUUUGAUGUUCACUUACCCUGCAUUGAUUGAUCGGAUAUUGUUUAAGUUGAAACUAGUUGGGUAUAUUCACUUACAAAGCCAAAGGCAACGUAAGUUGCAGAAAAAGGAAGCAUCCACAACUACUGAUGAUGAUGAUGAUGAUGAUGAUGAUGAUGAUGGCAGUGAUGAAGCGAAUCGUUAUCUUGUGUCCAAUUUCAAAAACCUCUCAGUGAUUAUUGAAGAGAUGUAUCAAAUUCAUGGUGAAUAUUCAUCCGAAUUGAUAUUGAGGAAAUACCUCGAUGUGGCAAUGGUUUCAGAUCAAUUAAAAUUGAAUUCGAUUACAUUGGAGGUGUUUAACCAAUGCUUUGUCAUAUAUGAAGAACAUUUGAUUGUAUUAUCACAACCGUACAAGUCAAGAAAUGACCCAUCUGCCAUUGGCGGUUUCAGUGGUGGGUUUUCAGUUGCAUUGCAAUCGAUUUUAUCAAUUGCUAAUACAUUGAUUAGAACUAGGUAUCUACCUAGAAGUGAUUAUGAGGAUUUGAUUGUUAAAUUGACAUUGUAUGGAAGUAAAUUGUUAAAGAAACAAGAUGCGUGUCGUGCUAUUUACUCCUGUGCUCAUUUGUUCUGGUGGAGUGAGAAUUUGUUGUCACUGAAUGAAGAAUCACCAACUGUAAUAGAUGAGACUGGAGUGAAGGAUACAGAAGAGAGUGAAGCUGGCAAGGAAAAGAGCAAAGAGAGAGAAGAGAGUAAACAGGAAAACACUGACAGUGGAGCUACGGCAACACCAAAGUUGUAUCGUGAACCAAAACGAGUUUUGGAAUGCAUUCAAAAAUCACUUCGACUUGCUGAUUCAAUAAUAGAUCCAUACAUUAGUCUUCAAUUGUUUAUUGAAAUUCUAAAUCAAGCAUUAACAUUUCACACUUAUGGUAAUGAAUUGAUUAAUAACAAGUUUAUUAGUGGCUUGAUUAACCUUGUGAGGACAAAUAUGGAUAACAUGCGUGAUCAGGAUUUGGUAAAUACUGAAGAGGUUGCAGGAGGAGCUACAAGCGGAACGAGUGCUGCUGCCAAUGGUGAAGAUAAUGAAGAGGAUGUCGAACUGAAGUUGUUUAAACAAAGUCAAGUGUUUUUCAAUCAGACUUUACAACAAAUAAAUCUAUAUGGGUAA